CAGCCCCCGUAGAUGUAGAUUAGCGGUGGCGGCGCCUCAGCCAUGGAGGGAGGCGGCGGCGGCAGCGGCGGCACGGGCAGCUGCGCUGGGAGGCGGCGGUGAGUGGGUCCCACGCCCCCGGCCCGGCCCCGGCCACCGGGACGGAGCGCCGAGCAGCCCCGGCUCCGGGCUGCGGACUAUGGGCGAGCAGCGCUGAACCCCCGGGAAAGAACUGAGAAUGAAGCGGAGAGCGUCAGACAGAGGAGCUGGGGAAACGUCGGCCAAGGCCAAGGCUCUAGGGAAUGGCAUUGCUGGGAAUAAUGCCAAGAGAGCAGGGCCGUUUGUCCUGGGUCCCCGUCUGGGCAACUCACCGGUACCAAGCAUUGUGCAGUGUUUGGCGAGGAAAGACGGCACAGAUGACUUCUAUCAGUUGAAGAUCCUAACCCUUGAGGAGAGAGGAGAGCAAGGACUAGAGAGCCAAGAGGAAAGGCAGGGCAAGAUGCUGCUGCACACCGAGUACUCGCUGCUCUCCCUGCUGCACACACAGGACGGCGUGGUCCAUCACCAUGGGCUCUUCCAGGACCGCACCUGUGAAGCGGUCGAGGACACAGAGUCUGGUCGGAUGGUGAGGAAGAUGAAGAAACGCAUCUGCCUCGUCCUGGACUGCCUCUGUGCACACGACUUCAGCGACAAGACUGCCGACCUCAUCAACCUGCAGCACUAUGUCAUCAAGGAGAAGAGGCUCAGCGAGCGGGAGACCGUGGUCAUUUUCUACGAUGUGGUUCGUGUGGUGGAAGCCCUACACCAGAAGAACAUCGUGCACAGAGACCUGAAGCUUGGGAACAUGGUGCUCAAUAAAAGGACCCAUCGGAUAACUAUCACCAACUUCUGCCUUGGGAAACAUCUUGUGAGUGAGGGGGACCUGCUGAAGGACCAGAGGGGGAGCCCUGCCUACAUCAGUCCUGAUGUACUCAGUGGCCGGCCGUACCGGGGCAAGCCUAGUGACAUGUGGGCCCUGGGUGUGGUUCUCUUCACCAUGCUGUAUGGACAGUUCCCCUUCUACGACAGCAUCCCACAGGAGCUCUUCCGCAAGAUCAAGGCUGCUGAAUACACCAUCCCCGAGGAUGGAAGGGUCUCUGAGAACACAGUGUGUCUUAUCCGGAAACUGCUGGUCCUCGACCCCCAGCAACGCCUGGCUGCUGCUGAUGUCCUGGAGGCACUCAGUGCCAUCAUUGCGUCUUGGCAGUCCCUGUCCUCUCUGAGUGGGCCUUUGCAAGUGGUUCCUGAUAUUGACGACCAAAUGAGCAACUCUGAUAGCUCUCAGGAGGCAAAAGUAACAGAGGAAUGUUCCCAGUACGAGUUUGAGAACUACAUGCGACAGCAGCUGCUGCUUGCUGAAGAGAAGAGCUCCAUCCACGAGGCCCGGGCAUGGGUGCCCAAGCGGCAGUUCGGUAGCAUGCCACCAGUGCGACGGCUGGGCCAUGAUGCACAGCCCAUGACCUCCUUGGACACAGCCAUCCUGGCACAACGUUAUCUGCGGAAAUAGUGCCCUCGGCUAGGGCACAAGCCCCAGCACACCUCUCCUCGGCCCACCUGGGGCCCAGCCAUCCGGCCUAGUGCCGGGCCCACAGUGCUGGACUGACUUCCAGGCUGCAGCAGGGACAGGGCAGGGAUAGGGACAGCCCAGGUCACAGCCAGGGUCAACAGAGGUACCACAAAGCUACCUUUUGGGAUGAUUGCUUGAUUGUUUUGUUUUUUUUUUUAAUCUGAGAAUUCUAGAUACCUGAUCUGCUUUUAAUCAUGACAUUUUAAUCUACCUCUCUGUCUCUCUAACCACGCUGUCUCUGGACCCAGUGCCGGGAGGAAAGAGGGGAGCUUAAUCUUGCCACCCAGGCCCUGGAACAGCUAGAGCCUGGCCAGGCCACUGCUCCCCACAGUCCAUAUAAGCUGACGAUGCAGCUCGCUACUGGCCCCCAAUAAGCACCCCUUCCCACCAUCCAUGUCCCCACCACCCCUCCCUGGGGCCUGCCCUCAGUCUAAGCUUUGGAACACUUUCACCUCAUCUUCCGCCCAAUUCAGAUAGAUUUAUUUUUUUACUGAACCCAACUUCUCUCCCAUCUCUAGGUUCAGCCAAUGGCCACUCUCUGCCCCUAAGCCGGGCUGGAUAAUGGGGCCCACUCCCCCAGGCACCUAGGCGUUCUCUUGCCAGUUCUUCUCUGCUCUCACCCCUGGGCCCUCUGUCUCUAGACUUGGCUUCUCUGUCUCAGCAGCUUUUCUGAGGUGCUGCACAUGCGCAUUAGCCCUGCCUCCUUCGUGUGGUACCCAGGUAACAUGAGUAUAGUGUGAAGGGACCUGUGGCCAACUUUAGAGGAUGCUCUGGGCCUGCUGGAGACAGGCGACUUGUGCUCAGAGACCUCCCACCCUGCUUCAGAAAUGUAUCUCUCAGCAGACCUGGGCAGAAGGCUGCCUGGGGAGAAGACUUGGAGGGAAACCUGUAGGGACCGGGGACCUACCUGCCUGGCUUGAGAACAGCCCUGCUACCUUUUUGAGCCUAAAUUUUGAAGUGGAUGCCUGUCUUGCCAGAAAUGCUGUUCUCUCCAGAAUGCCCCUCCCUUCACUGGACUUGGCACACCCAGUACCAAACAAAGACCCGACUCUGGAGGCCUAUACCUUGUGUAUCCUCAGAGAGCGUGUUGGCCCCCUUCUGGCAGUUCUAGACCCUUCCUGCCCCUUGCUCUCCAGUGGGGGAGACCAUGUUUCCUAGAGUGUGACUGCCCUUCACCCUCUGAAAAGCUGACUCACUGUGAGUGACCUUGGGCAAGUUCCCAAACCUCCUUGUGCCUCAGUUUCCCCAUCUGGAAAAAAUGGGGCCACCUCUUGCCAGCAGUAGCAGGGCCGCCCACACCCCUUCCUCCCCACCCCCUCAUCCAGCCCUGGGCGCCUGUGCCUCUGUUUUGCUGGGUCUGCAGGAACCCUCCUGAGCCCAGCGCCCCAGCACCCUGCUUCUGCCUCGAGCUCAUUCAUCCAGCCGCUGAGAGUCAGGGCAUGGUGCUGGGUUGGGGGGAGGGCUUUUUUCUAUAUUUAUUUGAUAAUGAAAAGUCUCCUAUGGGAGCAGAAAUGCAGUCGGCCUGGACUUGUAGCCCACGACUGCCCUCCAGUGAGGCUCUGAGGCCUGGCUGGGGCCCUCCUGGGCGGAGCCCCUGCCUAGUGUCUCAGGCCGGCAUCCACAGCCCUCCUUUUAAAAGCAAUACCUUCAGGUCUGCAGAGCCCGUCAGACAGCCUGGUUCCUCCCAAGGCCAACCCUCGGUCUGAUGGUAUAUCUGGCAGUGCAGACGAGAGGAGGUUGGGGCCGCCCUCACUGGUGUCACACACUGAGAAAUCCUGUUGUAAAGAAAACAAAAAACAAAAAAAGAAACAAAAUGGAAAAAGUCACAAAAAAGUUUGUAUAAAGACGUAUUUUUGUACUACAUGGGGACUCUUCCUGCAUGUCAGCAAUAAACUUCCUGAUCUGGA